AUGUCUAUACAUCCCGUACAUGUUAAUGUAAAAAGCACAAACAAUACUGAAAAUUCAAAUGCUGAAGUAAAUGGAAUAGCAAUUAUUGGUAUAAAAACUAACCCGAAGAAUCUUGAAGACCAAGCGAGGGAGAAAGGAAACGAUUUGAAUGUGAAUAAAUGGAUUUUUACCAAGAUUGCUUACUUGGAGUACAUAUUUUCUUUGGCCUCAAAAGCAGCAGUUGUCCGAGAUUGUUACUCGGAUAGUGACAAUAAGUUCCAAAUAUUCAUAAAGAUUAUGUUUCCUUGGUUCUUCAAGCUCAACUUCCAGUACUCUCUUGUAGCUGGGAUCUGUUUAGUGGUUUAUAAAACUCCGUCGGCAAUAAUGUGGAGCUUUUCUCAUAUAUUCAUUAUUUGUAUCAGCUUUUAUUUAACAUCCAUAUUGGAACAAAUAAAUAAGAAGAUCUUAUCUUGUGAAGGAAAGAUUUUUGAUACAAAAUAUGUGAUGAGAGAAGUAAAUCUAAGAGAAAAUUUAAUCUUCCUUGCCAUGCUGAAAUUCUUAGGGUAUUGCAAUGGCUUUGCAGCCCAGAGGGAU